ACUCUCACCCUCUCUGUCUGUGUCGUCAUUGUUUAUGUGUGUGUUAAAAAUGGCGUAUUCGACCCGCGGUGUGUAUGUGUGUCCUGCAGUUGAUCGCGUUGUUGUUUGAUGAUAAAAUGUUUCCUUCUUGAGUCACAACUGCUCGGCGUGCAUGUGCGUGUGCAUGUGUAUGUGUUCGGGGUGGGAACUCGCAUCCCUGUUGCAGCUGCAGUAGACUCCAGCAGAGAGAGAGGAGAGGAAGAAACGAUUUCUUAUUACAUUACCCGACAUAAAGAUUGACACCUUAGACAACAGACAACACUUCUAUAUCACCAUGAGGAACUGCUGACCCCCCCCCCCUCACCUGACUACCAGAGAGAAGACACUUUCUUCCUCCCAUCCUCUCUCCCACUCAGCCCGUCUUCACAAGGAUAAGCGUUAUUUUCGAGAGUGGAAAAAGUGAACGUCAGAGGACAAACUAGAGAAAAAAGCUGAAGCCCUCUCUUGACCCUUGACCUCUAACCACUGACCUGUGACCUCAGUAUGUCAGGUCUGCGUGGUAAGCUGCAGCGUGUCCAGUGGCGGGCAGGAUGGCACUCCUUCACCUCCAGAGUCCUCAGGACCAAACCGGUAGAGAGCAUGUUGGACUCUGGGACAGGUGGUACCAGCAGCCAUGGCACCAAACUAGCGAGGGUGUUGUCCACGGUAGACCUGGUGUCACUAGGGGUGGGAAGCUGCGUUGGCACGGGGAUGUACGUGGUCUCUGGGCUGGUUGCUAAGGAGAUGGCCGGACCUGGCGUCAUCGUCUCCUUCAUCAUCGCUGCUGUCGCCUCUAUACUGUCAGGAGUGUGUUAUGCUGAAUUUGGGGUUCGCGUUCCCAAGACAACAGGCUCAGCCUACACCUACAGCUACGUGACAGUGGGGGAGUGUGUGGCCUUUUUCAUUGGCUGGAACCUGAUCCUGGAGUACUUGAUUGGCACAGCCGCGGGGGCGUCGGCUCUCAGCAGCAUGGCGGACUCACUAGCCAAUAAAAGCAUCUCUACGUUUAUGACUACACACAUCGGAACACUCAACGGCCUGGGUAAAGGAGAGCAGUCGUACCCAGACCUCCUGGCCCUGCUGAUAGCAGUAAUAGUGACAGUGAUCGUGGCCCUGGGGGUGAAGAACUCAGUAGGGUUUAAUAAUGUGUUGAAUGUGAUCAACCUGAUGGUGUGGGUCUUCAUGAUGGUGGCCGGACUCUUCUUCGUCAACGGACACAACUGGGACGAUGGAAGGUUCUUACCCUUCGGGUGGUCAGGGGUGAUGCAGGGAGCAGCAACAUGUUUCUAUGCCUUCAUAGGGUUUGACAUAAUCGCUACUACAGGAGAGGAAGCCAAGAGUCCCAACACCUCUAUACCCUAUGCUAUUACUGUUUCCCUCAUCACCUGCCUUACUGCAUACGUCUCUGUAUCAGUGAUUCUGACGCUGAUGGUUCCCUAUACAGAGAUCGAUGCAGACGCUCCUCUGAUGGAGAUGUUUGCUGUACAUGGCUGUUAUUUUGCUAAGUACAUAGUAGCAGUAGGCUCUGUAGCUGGCCUAUCUGUCAGUCUCCUGGGCUCUCUGUUCCCCAUGCCACGAGUCAUCUACGCUAUGGCUGGAGAUGGACUGCUGUUCAGGUUCCUGGCCCAUGUGUCUCCCUACACUGAGACUCCAGCGGUGGCAUGUGUUGUGUCUGGCUGUCUGGCUGCUCUCCUCUCUCUCCUCGUCUCCCUGCGAGAUCUCAUAGAGAUGAUGUCCAUAGGAACACUACUGGCUUACACACUGGUGAGUUACACACACACACACACACUCACACACACACAAACUCGCACUCUUCUCUACCUCUUCCAGGUUAGUGUGUGUGUGUUGUUGCUACGCUACCAGCCAGAAUCAGACAUCCACGGCUUUGUGAACUUCCUGUCUGAGGAGCAGUCCAAUAAGAAGAAGGAGGGCGUGUUAGCUGAGUGUGAGAAGGAAGUGUGUUCUCCAAUCAGUGAAGUAGAUGACUAUGGAGGACCUCAAACUAACACCUGUGGAGCGAAGAAUCUCCCCUCGCUAGGCGACAACGAGAUGCUGAUUGGUAAACCAGAUAAAACCACUUACACUGCCAGCCACCCGAACUACGGCACCGUCGACAUGGGCUCCGGCAUCGAAUCAGAAGAGUCGGAGGGCGGGAUGUCGUGGAGGCUGAAGAAGCUGAUUGGUCCGCGGUACUACACCAUGAGGAUCCGAUUGGGCCUGCCUGGGAAGAUGGACCGGCCCACUCCGGCAACGGGAAAGACAGUUACUGUCUGUGUCCUCCUCCUCUUCCUCGUCGUAUUCAUCUUCAACUCCUUCAUCAUCUUCGGAGCGGCCAGCAUCGGUGAUGGCAGCUGGUGGGCUCUUCUCCUGCUGAUCUUCCUGGUCAUCUUCAUGGCCCUCCUCAUCGUCAUCAUCCUGCAGCAGCCAGAGAACCCGAAGCGACUACCCUACAUGGCUCCAGCUGUUCCCUGGGUUCCUGCUGCUGCCAUGCUGGUCAACAGCUACCUGAUGUUAAAACUGUCUGCCAUCACCUGGAUACGCUUCGCUGUCUGGUGUUUCCUAGGUAUCCUGAUCUACUUUGGUUAUGGGAUAUGGAACAGUACUUUGGAGAUCAGGUCCAGGGAGCAGGAGGUCCAUGCGUCUACAUACCAGCGCUACGAUGGUCACCAUGCCGGGGUGGACGACGGCUUCUCAGGCUUCAGCGUUGACGACGACCUCUACCCCCCUAGCAACAACGACCCCUGGGCCGCACCAGACGGUGUUGACGGGUCAGAGCUGGUACCCCCCAAGGCUGAUGAUGAUGAUUGGACGGAUCCAAAGGGAGGAGCUAAGAGAGCGCUAGCGGAGGAGGACCCAAUGGAUUUCUGAGGAGAAAGGAAUAAUGGACGGAUGUUUCCGAGAGGAUUGAUAGAUGUUACUGUUGUUAACAACUGAAUGUACUGCCUUCUGCCGGCUGCCUGCGUGCGAGUGAGUGAGUGCGUCCAUGUGAAUGUUUGUGUGGGUCCCUUGUUACUUAUUUAAAAACAUAUUUUUUUUCAUUGAGUUCCAAAGGAAGUAUGAUCCUAUGGAGGAAAGCUGUAGACUACCAAUCAGAAACAGUGGGCGGGGUCUUGGGGUUGAUUUGGUGAUGGGCAUACAGUGAAGGUAUUUUCCUCUCACUAUAGACAGUCCAGAGUGAUGACAGACUGGGAGCGACUAGUCAGCAUUUCCUGGUUCACCACACACACGGGAAGCUGUCAGAGCGCUGAGCCAAGGUCACUUCCUGUCACUGGUCCAGGUGUCUGCUGCUUCUCUCAUCUCACAGAGAGGAAACUAGCUACACACACACAGACACUCUUAGACACACACCCGCCUCUCCAGUCUCUAUCUGGGAAUGGGGGGCUGAUGGGUUUUUUGUGUCACAUAGUAAUUGGACUUUGCUUGCAAUAGUGCCUUCAUCUGUGUGUGCACGCGUGUGUGUUUUUUGGGGGCUGUGUGUGUGUACGCUUUUACACCUUGUAUUUGUGUCCCCUUCAGGGUCUUACCAGUGGAGUGUGUUUGUGACUUAUUUUGCUCCAUCCCACACUAUGAAUCCCCCCCCAUCCCUCCCCCCCACAAGCCCCUGUUGUUGUGUUACUAGAGCUCAGAAUGGAAAGGUUCUAAAUGACAGAUUUGUUCUAAACAGAGUGAUGGACGCCACCCUGCUCUGCUCUGCCUACAGAUGUGCUAAAUCUCCAAAUGAGUGUUACUAAAUUAGAAAGAAGACUAGAUGAGAAUUGCUCUCACAUCAGACAAAUAUCUCUGAGUGUUUAGUCACAUAGAACCCUCUAAUUCUAUGGUCUCCACCCCCUUGGGGAAGCCUUACUUGUCAAUUGCACUAAACUAAAGAUGCCACGCGAUCCCUCCUAGUCUCCACGACCCCUAACUGCUGACCUCUAUCCCUAACCACUACCCAGGGAUCUCUCUGCUGUUCAGGGGUGGGCUCGCUUGUGUUGUCCAGUGAAACAGACACACACACACACACACACAGUUCAGCUGAACCCAAAACCAGAAAGGGGCUUCAGUAGGUACUCUGUGCUCCUUACUGUAAAUAUUAUGUCUCUGUGUGUGCGCGGGUGUGUGUGUGUGUGUGUGUGUGUGUGUGUGUGUGUGUGUGUGUGUGUGUGUGUGUGUGUGUGUUCCAUGCCUGUGGCUAUGUGACGUGGCUGGCUGGUGUAUGUGAUAGCAUGCUAAUGUGUAUAGCAUGGUUGUAGAUGCUGUAUUUGCAUGUGGUGACCGACAGCUAAGAGACAUUCUAGAACUAACAGCACCCUACUCCAAACUGACCCCUGAUCCUUGAUAAGGGAAACUAUAGGGUGAAGGGGACUGGUCAAUCUGGAACUGGGGUAUGAUAUGUAGCAAAUGUAGGAGUUGGUGGUUCUAUGGUUUCAUCUCCACGCCUCACCACCGCUCACUCCACCCCUUACCCCCACACCCUGUGUUUACAAGGUAAGCCAAAGUCCACAACAUUUGUUAACUUUGUAGAGAACAAAACAACAAUGAGAAUUUUCCAGUGGGGCAUAGGCCUGUACAAUAGAUUGAAGUCACUCACGGUAUAAUACGUUCUGCGUAUGAACGGUUCAUAAUCACUACAACAGGGUUUGUUUAGGUCAAACUCAAUUAUGAAUGUUAACUAUUCAAUCAGGAUCCACCUGGAACCAAAUAUAAAAAGACCCAAAUAAUGUAAUUUUUCUAUUGAAACAAGUUAACUAAGGGUUAACUACAUAUCUAAUAAUGGUUUAGAAGCCAUUUGUAAGCAGAAUUCAAGUUUUACUGAAACCACUUGGUAGAGUAGACACAUGCAGUUACAUUCAGUAGCUAGAGUAAAUACAUUCAGUUACAUUCACUAGCUAGAGUAAAUACAUGCAGUUACAUUCACUAGCUAGAGUAAAUACAUUCAGUUACAUUCAGUAGCUAGAGUAAAUACAUACAGUUACAUUCAGUAGCUAGAGUAAAUACAUUCAGUUACAUUCACUAGCUAGAGUAAAUACAUUCAGUUACAUUCACUAGCUAGAGUAAAUACAUUCAGUUACAUUCAGUAGCUAGAGUAAAUACAUUCAGUUACAUUCAGUAGCUAGAGUAAAUACAUACAGUUACAUUCACUAGCUAGAGUAAAUACAUUCAGUUACAUUCACUAGCUAGAGUAAAUACAUUCAGUUACAUUCACUAGCUAGAGUAAAUACAUUCAGUUACAUUCACUAGCUAGAGUAAAUACAUUCAGUUACAUUCACUAGCUAGAGUAAAUACAUUCAGUUACAUUCACUAGCUAGAGUAAAUACAUUCAGUUACAUUCACUAGCUAGAGUAAAUACAUUCAGUUACAUCCACUAGCUAGAGUAAAUACAUUCAGUUACAUUCACUAGCUAGAGUAAAUACAUGCAGUUACAUCCACUAGCUAGAGUAAAUACAUUCAGUUACAUUCAGUAGCUAGAGUAAAUACAUGCAGUUACAUCCACUAGCUAGAGUAAAUACAUGCAGUUACAUCCAACAGCAUCGACACAAAAACAUGAGGAAACACUAUCAAACAAAAAUAGGAGUAUUUUUCUACUGCUGGGUCACGCCCACACCUAUGCUCCUCCAAUGGUGGGCCUCCACAGUAAGUGGGUGAGGUUUAUCCACUUUCACUUCUUGUAUUUCGCCCAAUCAGAGCUCAGCUUGGGAGGUAACGGCGAGAGCUUAUAUUUUUUACUUCUUCUAUCUCUAGUCGGUUAAGGUUAAGUUAAAAAAAUACAUUUUUAUUUUAAAGAUCUUAUAACAUUUAUUACAGUCUUAGUAGGCAAAUUAGAAGGUUAUAAAAACAUUAAAAAACAAAAAACGCUAUUUUAUUACAACACUAAAGAAAAUGUUGCCACUGUUGCUUUUAAAGUCUGAGGUGCUGUUUAUUUGUUCAUUUUGUCUCGGGAGAAGGUGUGCCAUGUUUCUCUCCACUUCCGGGUAUUCAAUCAUAAUGCAUUCCGGUUUGAACCGCACAGAACGUCAACAAUCUUUCUAACAGCUUCCUUUAGCCCAUUUAGGGAUGGGUGAUAUAAAUUAACGUCAGCUAUCCACAUUGGUUAAAUUGCUGGUUUAUUCAAUAGGUCACGAAAUGCACUGCGAUUUAAUUCCUGCCUCUAUCUCUCUCCUGCUGUGACUGGCUGUCUUUGUGGGAUGUUGAGACUGGCUUCUGUUUGCUGACUAGAUAUUUGUUUUUCUUCUGUAUAUUUUUUGCUAUCUGAAGUUGUAAAAUGUUCUGAUGUAUUUGGGGUUUUCUGUUAUUGUUUUUGACUUCAUCUGAAAUGACACCCUAUCAAAACGUAGUGCACUAUAAAGGGAAUAGGGUGCCAUUUUGAAUGCAGGCCCUAUGUGUGUUUCUGCUCCUGAGUGCACUUGUUUAAUCUGAGUUGUCGAUAUCGCCUCCAUGCAACAAUGAAACAUUAUUUAUUGCAAAUAUGAA